GACACAGAAUGGAAAGUUAUAUUCUGUGCAUCAGAUAUUCUGUGCUUUAUAUUUCAGAGUUUCAGAUAACAUUUCAGAUUCAACAAAGCUAAUUUAUCUUUGACAGUUCACGACUUACGAUAGAAGUGUGGGCAUUUCGUUCAGAAGAUUGAAAAAGAUCUGUAUAGAAGUUUUUUAGAAAAGAGGCUGCGGCCUUCGGAGGCAUCAACAUUGAAUUUAUUCGAUUAUUUUUAACUUUUUCUCCUACUAUACAUCCAAAAUGACUCGUGGAAACCAACGUGAACUUGCGAGAGCUAAAAACCAAAAGAAACAACAGGAUCUGGCCAAGAACAAGAAAUCGGAUGGUUUGACAGUUGAACAACGAAAAUUCAGAGAUGCUGAACUGAUGAGAGAGAAGCAGAAGAAAAAACAGGAGGAGGAGCAAAAGAGACAAGCCGCAGGUUGUAAAUAAAAAACUACAUCAUUUACAUAUUUUGUAUCAGUGUAACUUAAAAACUCUUUUUAUAAUAACUAUGGUAGAAUGUAACUGUGACAUAUGUAAUAUAUUCAAUGUAUGAUGAUUUAA